GUUGCUGUCAUGUACAUUAAUUUUCACCUUUACAGUAUGCUUUCUUGGACAGCAUAUCACAUUUGCAUUACAAGAUGUAACGACUGAUUUGUUUGGUUCGGAAAAUGUUGGCACAGUGGCUGCGUUUGGGGACUUUAACUCGGACAAACAAACAGACAUCUUCAUCAUUAAACGACAAACUGAACUGUCAAUUUUUUUGGCUGAUCUUAAAGCUCCUUAUUUCAAGCCCAAAGUCACUCUGUCAGAAAACGAUUUACCAAGUGACAUGGUGAUUAGUAGUGUAGUCCCAGGUGAUUAUGAUGGAGAUUCUCAGAUGGAUGUUCUUCUCACUGGUCAGCCUAAGGGCAUUGACAGCCAACAGACGAGUGUAUUCAUUUUCUGGGGAAAUAACCAAACACUUGAGAAAAAUGGAAGGUCUGAUCUCAACAGGACAUUUAAGGAUCAGCCCUUAAUAAUGGACUUCAAUGGGGAUAUGAUUCCAGAUAUUUUUGGAGUUGUUGGUGAUUUAACAGAGGUUUGCUAUCUAACAGACAGGAAAGAAAAAUGUGAGAAAGCCCUGGACUCCAAUGCAGAGAUCCGUGUUCCUCACUCUAACGCUUUCAUUGACCUUAAUAAGGACUUUACUGCUGAUUUGUUUCUCACCACUGUGCAGAACAAAUUUGAAACCUGGAUCAAUAAGGAUGGAAAUUUCAGCAAAACCAUAGAGAGAAAACUACCUGAGAGUGCUCAGACUGUGGGCCAGUCUGCUUUUGUAGACUUUGACGGAGACGGUUUCCAGGACCACCUCCUUCCGGCGUGUAUGGACAAGACAUGUCAGAGGAGUGUCAUCUACCUGAACAAGCCUGGGGAAACUGAGUGGGUGCCAAUACUGACAGACUUCCAGAGGAAGGACACCCUGUGGGGCUUUGUUCCCCCUAAAGAGAGCCCUACCUCUGGGGAACUCAAUGUCCCUAUCACCCUACACCUGGGAGACUAUAACCUGGACGGCUUCCCUGAUGCUCUAGCAAUACUUCGCAACACCAGCACAACUGACCAGCAGCAAGCCUUCCUGUUGGAAAAUGUGCCCUGUAACAACGCCAGUUGUCGUGAUGUGGGAAGAAUGUUCCGGGUACACUGGGACCAGACUGACCUGAGCUCCAUCCCCAGGGCCGUUGUGGCAACCUUCUUUGACAUCUACGAGGAUGGGAUAUUAGAUAUGAUGGUCCUCAGUAAAGCACACGGGAAAGAAGACCUCAUCAUCCACGCUUUGAAGAAUAACUUUGAAGCUGAUGCGUACUUUGUGAAAGUGAUUGUGCUCAGUGGCCUCUGCUUCAAUGACUGUCCAGAAAAAGUCAAGCCGUUUGGCGUGAACCAGCCUGGCCCUUACGUCAUGUACACCACUGUCGACUCAAACGGUUAUCUUAAGAACGCUUCUGCUGGUCAGCUCAGUCAGUCAGCCCAUCUCUCUCUCCAGUUGCCCUACACAGUGUUGGGUCUGGGACGCAGCGCCAACUUCCUGGACCACCUCUAUGUGGGCAUACCCCGGCCCCCUGGAGACAAGGAAAUAAGGAAGCAGGAAUGGACUGCCAUCAUUCCAAACUCUCAACUCAUCGUCAUACCCUCCCCUCACAAUGAGCCUCGCAGCUGGAGUGCUAAGUUGUACCUGACUCCCAGUAAUAUAGUUCUGCUGACGGCAAUAGCGUUGAUUGGUGUGUGUGUCUUUAUCCUUAUUAUUAUCGGCAUCCUUCACUGGCAGGAAAAGAAAGCAGAUGAUCGAGAGAAGAGACAGGAGGCCCACCGUUUUCACUUCGACGCCAUGUGAGGGAUCAAGGCACACAUCAUGGGAAAUCUCUACAACGCAUGUCCUGCACUCUUAUUUAAGUCUCCCGUUUAUUUAAGAAUUUAUUUGAGCACUGCAUCCAUGUACAGUAGGUACUGAAAUUUUGUCUGUAAAGAACAUCAGGUCAUUUCAUACAAUUAAAAAAAAAGAAAGAAAGGAAAAAAAAAAAACAUUUGCAGUCUCGUCACUGGGUAGGCUUGUACGUAGUUCUGUGGGUUGAUGAUAUUAUGAUUUUUUUUCAUGAUAUUAUGACUUUUUUUAUUUUCUUCUUUAUGUGCACACAGGAGAAUGAAAAUCCAGCAAGACUGGUAUGAGCCUAGAUUUAAAGACAUUUCUGUGCCAUUGUCUGACCUGUAAAUUCACUCUGAGCUUGAGUUGUGUUAAAUGUGUAUUUCGUUUUUUGUCACUGCUGAGUCGUCAGCCAUAAAAUGUAAAUGCCAACCAAAACUUCACACACUUUUAGUACAAACAUUGUGUCUUUACCUGCCAUUUGAGUUCUCUUCUGGAAGUUUUUUUCAUUGGUUUAGAGUAGAAAUUUGUGAGACUACUGUGGUGGAUUUUUUUUUUUCUUUUUCAAAUUCACUGUUUGGCUGACGUGGAUCCUGAACAAACUCUAGACCUAAAUGCGUUCAUGUCUUUCGUGGUCCAUUGUUUACUAAUAGUCAUUAAUGCACAUAGACCAUGUUGGUCACCUGCACAUACUUCAGCAUUCCCACAUGCUUUGUAAAUUUUUCUCACCUACGCUCUUUUCAUUGCUGUUUUUGUCUAUCAUGGUCAUGUUGGCUUUUACCAACACAAUGUCCCUGUUGCUCUGUUUGUAGAGGAGCCCUAAACACUGGAUUGUCUUGUUGAUCUGACAAAAGUGCCAUUGCUUACCCGCACUAGUGAAGUGUUACGAAUAGAAAGUAUUCUCUCUGAAUUUCUGCUUUUUUUCCUCUACAGAUCAUUUAUGCAUGAUCUUCCAAAUUAAGUGUAAUUAACAAAUAAUGCCGCUCCUAACCAAUCCAUCUG